AUGUCCUGCUCUUGGCGAGUGGUUGAAGCAUGCAAGGUAAAGCCAAGGGAUGAAGUGCUUGUCUACAGCUGUGGAGAAGUCUUGACUCCAAGUAGCACGCCUGUUUUGAAUGUGGAAGAACGGGAGGAGCUGGAGGAUGUCAUUGAGAUUGAGAUGGCCUGUCCAGCAGAUACCGUACUCGUUUGUAGCAGCCCUGGCAGGCCUUAUGUGGUGGUCUUUGGAAAGCAGCCCGAUCUUCGUAACUUCGAUGUUCUGCUCAUGCUGCUCUCGCGCCAACCAAAAGAACUGGAUGAGGCUCUCGGGACAAGCCAGAGCCUGCGGACAUGUCAGUAUUUGGCUGGAGAUUCUGAGCUACAAAGUGGGGCCAAACUCUACCUGGAACCGCAUCAUGUCCGUGGAGUCAAUCAUUUGAUUCGCCAUGGAACUCUAAGGUUCAGCCCAAGGGGGAGGCACAUCAUUUUGAGCGCUAGCUAUGAGGAGGAGAUCAGGCGAGUUGUAAAGUCUCUACGAAAGAAGGACAACGUGAAGGUCACCUCUUGCAGGAAGCUUGUGGAUUGCAUCGACCUGUAUGAGCCAUCGUGCAAUGAGAGGCUUGUCACGCUGAAUACAUUUUUGGCCAUCGAGCCUGUACCGAGUGUGGUAGAGACCACAGUGUCCACCACGGAUGCUCGAAGUGCUACAAUGCAUCAAAACCCACGGUAG